AAUAGCUCUCCACAAACACAUUGAGGCAGUUCACCCCUCUCAUCAGCAGCCUAUUCCCAGAGAAAUUCCAUUCAGGGUUUUGUUUUUGUUUGGGGGACAGGCUGCACCUAUCUGUUUCCAGUUGUCGGAACCUGUUAUGGACUUGUGGUGUUAAAUUGCUUGACAACAGGAAACGCCAAGGCAUAACAGUCGGCGAUCAGUCCUCUUUUCACAUGCAAAUUAAGUUUCUGGCAAACAGUUGAAAUAGUGGCCUCAGCUGAGAAACAUUUCAAUACAAAUACCCUUCGCCAAAGGUGUAACUUUUAAAUGUUAGUCAGAUGAAUUAUUGAUUGGUAUUUCUCAAUAACAGGAAGCACACUUGCUACCAACUGACUGUGACAUCUGUAACUGUGUCUUUGAGGAUAGCCAUGACCGAGACAAAUAUAUUAAUGGAUGAAAAGGGAGCAUUAUUCAUUCCCUUUAAUGCCCUCACAGAAUUAUCUGUUGAUGAGCCACCACAAGAAUCAAUUAAAACCGAUUCAGGUGGAACACUUACCCAGCAAGGAGGAGGAGGCGCCACACCUACCCAACAGAGAGGAGGAGGAGCAACAUCUAUCCUGCAAGGAGAAGGAGCAUCACCCACCCACCGAGAAGGAGGAGGUCCAGCACCUACCCAACAGGAACAAGGAGGGGCAACACUUGCCCAGCAAGAAGGAGGAGGCGCAACAUCUAUCCUGCAAGAUGGACGCAGAGCAACACUUACCCAGCAGGAAGAGGAGAAGCAUAAACCCAGCAAUUUGCUCACACUUUCCAAUCAAAAUGUAACAGAUGGCAAUGCAAGUAAGGAGAAUCCUCCUAGGGUGAGUUCAUCAGAAAGCAAGUCCACAGAUUAUGCAGAACACAUCGGCACCAAGAAAAGGGAUGAGGUCACUACGGUAAUGGAAAAUACACAAAUAUCAAAGUCACCCUCUGUGUCCAACUCAGAGGAAAUGAACACUGAGAAGGAAAUGGCUUCUCUAACUCUCUUUGAAAAUACACAAGGUCAGUCUCAGCAAAUGUCUAAUGGCACUCAGGAUAAUGUGCUCAAGACACCAGACAGCUCUCAGAACAAGUCUACAAUAAUCCUCCAAAAGAGAACAAGUGCAGAUAAUCUCCGAGGAGAAAGUGUGGAUGACCAUGGCACAGUGGGCGAACCUGAAUCCAAUUCAGAGCACUCUGACGGCAAGGAUCAGUUGUACCCUCUGAGAAAGAUGAAAAUGGAUGAAGACAGUAAAAGCAUGGAAAAGUUGACCCACACUGAGACAACAGGCUUAGCCAUAAAAGAUAAGGGCAAACAAGUGAUUCAAGAGAAUGCUGAAGAACACACAGCUGAAAGAUCCAUUCAAAAGUCCAAACAAGUGGUCAUUGCAACACCUGAGGGAAAGAGGGAUGAGACUACGGUAGAGAAUACUGCCCACCAUCUGCUGCCUCCGAUGGAGAGCAGCAAAGAGAGCAAGCCACCAAGAGAACAUAAGGAUGCCCAUUCGCAGUCCACACAAUUGAAAAGGGAUCAACUCUACCCUGAAGAGUCCAUUGUUGACGAGGAGGCUCAUCCCAAACAGGUGAAUUCAGAAUCUGGAAUUCGUGAGGAUAUGACAACUCCACCAGCAAGCACCAUUUCCAUCAUAUCCCAGCCACAGUCACCUGAAAAGAAGCUAUCUGUCACAAGAGAACGUACAGAGACUCACAUCGAAAAGACACUGGGAAAUGACAACAAAGUUGUGGUAAACCCUAACACUGCAGUUGUAAGUAAAGAGCCACAUAACCACGGCAAUGCAGAGGUUUCCCCUAAAACUCAACCUUACCUGGGCACCUCAGCAUUGGGAGUCGAUCACCAGGAAACCAAUCCAGAUGUUAAGGGGACCAGGACAGUGAAUGAUCCACAGAAAACAUUUCCCAGAGACGCUCCACUAGAAAAGUUGCAAAAUACCCAACCAAUGGAGCUGCCAAUUUACUCAGAACCUCUGCAGUUUCAAGAGCAUUUGUACAUGGAAGCUGACAACAUUCAACUGCUGGAGGAUCCCAACAUGGCUCGUCUCGACCAUGUCUCUCUGAAUAUUGCCGUGACAGGCAUGACUGGUGCAGGGAAGUCGACCUUCAUCAAUGCAAUCAGGGGGAUUGAUAAUGAUGACAAGGAUGCAGCCCCAACUGGGGUAACUGAGACUUCCAUGGUUGCGUGUCCAUACCCUCAUCCCUCAAUGCCUAAUGUUAGCCUAUGGGACCUGCCAGGAACAGGGAGUCCCAAGUUCAAGGCAAAGAAAUAUCUGAAAGCUGUCAAAUUUGAAAGGUAUGACUUUUUCAUCAUCAUUUCCUCUGAGAGGUUCAAAGAGAAUGAUAUGAUGCUUGCCAGAGAGAUACUGACUAAAAAAAAGAAAUUCUAUUUCCUGCGCUCAAAAAUAGACAACGAAGUUCGCGCUGAACAGAACAGGAAGAACUUUGAUGAGGAGAAAUUGCUUGAUCAUAUCAGACAAGACUGUAUAAACCAUUUAAAGAAUAUUGUACAACCCUCAGUGUUCUUGAUAUCCUCCCUUGAUUUAAACAAAUAUGAUUUCCUAUUGCUGAUGGAAACUCUGUCAAGGGAUCUUCCUGAGCACAAGAAAGAUGCUCUGGUGUUGUUCUUGCCCAUCUAUUCCACUGAGGCGCUGGAGAGCAAAAUCAAAGUGUUGGAGGGCACGGCCUUCUCUUUGGCCAAAGCAGCAGCCACCGUCUCCAUGGCACCAGUUCCCGGCCUAGCGAUGGCCUGCGACGCUGGAAUCCUGCUUGGCUUCUUCUCCAAGUGCUACUACGCUUUUGGCUUGGACGACAAGUCCCUGGAUAAGCUCUCUGAGAGAGUGAACAACCACUCGCUGAGAGAAGUGCGGGAGUCCCGACCUUUGGUCAUGGCCGUGCGAAAGAAGGAGCUGAGCAGCAAGGAGCUCUCCGCACUGGGGAGUAGACGGGCAGCCCUUGAGUUCGCCUACAGUCUGGUGCCCGUCUGGGGAAGCAAGAGGGCAGCCAGCAUGUCCCACUCCACCACCCUGGGCCUACUGACCGAUGGGUUGAAGGAGAUGGCAGACACCGCCAGAGAGGUGCUUAAGACAGCCAGAAUUGAUCACAUCAGGUCAGAAAGCUGAAAAUGGAGGGUGGAGAUGCUAUUAGCUAUAAUGAUACCUCAGAAAGUUAUGUUGGGCAUCUCCAAAUAUGGUUUGUGUCUUUGUGCUUUUAUUUUUAAUGGAAACAUACAGUUACUGUUUUUUCCUUUUUUUAAUUGUUUCAAUGUUAUUCUGUCGUGUAAGGUCAAUGCUGGUUUUUGCUCUAUACCCACAGUCAGUCUUACGUGUUGAAAUGUUGAAAUUCAAAGAGGACGACUUUAAAUGCCUGGGGCUUGUGUUAUUCGUAUUGGCCUUUUAAGGCUCAAUGACCUUUUUCUGUAUAGAGGUGUUCAAAUGUAUAAUAUUUCUUGUUGAAACAUGAAUAAUUGAUUAUAUAAUAAAUAUUGUCAUCAUUGU